AUGCAUCGUCUUUUUACUGAGCUGGAGCCAUCUAUUACUGUCACCGAGCAAAACCUGGCAGACCGAGUUCGGUAUAUCUUACGCUCAAAUAUAUUUGAUGGCGCCGAACUCGAACGGCUACGACGUGAGGCUGUUCCCUCAUCAAAUGAAAACGCUACGACUGAGAGUGCGGUGCCACAAGUUGCAGAACAACCCGCACACGUGGAUGCCGCCGAGAAUACCCCAGUGGUUGCUGAUUCAAAUGAUGAUGGAACAUUCACCCAGGAACUAGAAAUAGAGCAAAUGAGGAGUACAUUGGAAGAGGCGAUUAUGGAAACGCGCAGUACGCCUCUCGAAAAUCGACCGCGACUUCCCCGCAUAGCCCUAAGCAAGCGGAAUCGGGCUGUCGUGAGGGCUCUGAACCCAAUGCUGGUGACCUAUUUGGAAGCCAGCCGGGACCUUUGCGAGACGGACUCAAUUCUCUUUGGCGCCGCACUGGCAGUCUGCCGUAUUAUAGGCGCCAAACUUUCCACGGCUGGACGCACUACUGGACAAAGUAGUGCUAUCCCAGCCUGGAGAACAAGAAUUGAAGAACGUAUCGCAAAGGCUAGGGCCCUCAUCGGCAGACUGAUAUGCUUCAGGUCAGGCAAUACCAGGCCAAGGAUUGUGCGCACCGUCAGGAUGGCGUUUGCUGGGACAAAUGUUAGUUUGUCCCAGCCGGAUAUAAUGCAAAAACUGACGGAGCGCAUAGACGACCUGAAGCAGAGAAUCGCUGCUUGGGGAAAGCGAAUUCGGCGAUAUACCGAGAGGUCGACACGGUUCAACCAGAAUCGUCUCUUCCAGAGUGAUCAGAAGAGGCUCUAUAAAUCAUUGGAGCGACCAAUGGUAAGUGGAACGGGCCCAGUACCGAAUCAGGCCGACACGGUCGCAUUCUGGCGCAGCCUGUGGUCAGAGCCCGUAAACCACAACGAGGGCCCUUGGACGGAAGUUGUGGCGAGUCAGUGUGCGGGUAUUACGCCCAUGGACCCCGUCACCAUAACGCCGGAUGACGUAGCUGAGGCGGUCCGUAGGGCCCCGAACUGGAAAAGUCCGGGACUCGACGGGCUGCAUCACUACUGGCUGAAGGGGUUCGUGUGCAUGUUAGAACAGGGUAAUGAUCGGUGA